UUGAAACAAGUUUAUCAGAUUUACAGGAAGCAAAUACUUUCAGUCUCUGUAUCUUACAUAAUUUUCAGUUUCUAUACCUGAUAUUUCUUCCAAAUUUUCAUCCAUGGCGAAGCGGCUUCCGGUCUAUGUUCUUGUCAUCCUUAGCUUGGCAUUAACAUGCACUGCUACGACGUAUACGGUGGGGGAUAAUUCUGGCUGGGACAUAAGCUCUAAUCUUCAAACCUGGGAGAAGAACAAGACAUUUGACGUUGGUGAUGUUCUAAUUUUCCAGUUUUCUUCAUCUAAUAGUCUAGAGGAAGUGACACAAGAAAAUUUCAACACAUGCAACACCACCAAUGCAUUGGAAGCCUAUACAAACGGGAACACAACAGUCACAUUGACAAAACCAGGUCCAAUGUAUUUCAUAUCUGGUAACAAGUUAUAUUGCCUUGGAGGGCAGAAGCUCCAAGUGAAUGUAGAAAACAAUCAAGCAUAUUCUCCAGCCAUUGCACCUGAGGCAGCAUCUGGGUCUAAUCUUCCACAGCCUUCUUCAAAGAGCAACCUUCCUACUUCAAGUGGGGUUAUGCUUUUGCAUGGUGGAUGGGGUACUCUUAUGUCUGUUUCACUAGGUUUUAUAAUGGCUAUUGUGUCAAGUUAGAUGGUCCAAGUUUAUUUUUUAUGUUCAGAAACAUGUAUACUUCUUUUUUCAUUUCAUCAUUUCAAAUUUGUUUUUGAUUUAUUGGACAUGUACUAAAUUUUAAGGGUGAGGUUUGGAUCCAAUGCCCAGUUGUACUGGACCCGUUGAGAUAAUGAUACGUGUUCACUUUUGGACACGUGUCACCAUCCAACGGGUUAAUGCACUAGACCUAAGUCUCACCCAAAUUUUAAAGUUUUAAAUGAUUAAUUGAUUACAAUGUAAUGAGGAAUUUUUAAAAAUUACGUUUUGGGCACAUUUAAUGAUAAUUUCUUUUGUA